AAUACAGUUCACACAGUCGAUAGCAUAGAUGUCUCUUUAGAAUUUAGAGUAGGACUACCGAGUAUUAUUUUUGUUUUGAUAAAUUCGAUGUUCGAUUACAUUAGUGGGUCUAUUUCGUUGAUAGUGACCAGUGCGUAUGUUGUGUAGUGGAUAUUGCAAAUUAAGAAAGCUGUUUGUAUGAAGACUGACACACCUACAACUGAAACUAGUAUCAACGUAGACCUGUACCCUGAGUGUUGGAAGUGAGGGACAUUCGGAAGGUAUCGCCCACCGACUCCGAACUGGAGGAUCAACUGGUUCGAGUAUUAGAAAAGAAUACAGAACUGACUAUCCAAAAUAAGGAUCUUCAAAAGCAAGUUCAACGACUUCAAAAUGUGAAGGGAGCUGACAACCUCCGUCAGGGGGACAAGCUGGAGGGCAUCCUCAAGCAAAUGCGAGAAGCUUCAGACAAAAGAAAGGAGUUGGAACGUGAGCACACAGAAGCACUUACUCAGCUAAGAGAAAAACAAAAUGAAAUCCAACGUAAACUUGGAAACACCAAUGACAAGACUAAAGCCUAUGAGAGUAUUGAGAGUUUACAGUCUAAGAUCCGAGAGCUUGAAAAGAAGGCUGAAUUGCAGAACGUUAGACAUGAGGAACUUAUGUUGGAAAUGGCAGCUAUCAAGCGGACAGCCCAGAACAAGACGGAGAGAAGCAACAAUUCAACAGCCGGGUGGAAGAAAAGUGGCCUUCACCAGGAGGCCCAAACCCCACCUGACUCUGUUCCUUCUACCCCAGAGUUAAACUGUGUGGACCAGUCUACACCAAUAACUUCAAGUGGUCUGGACAGUUACCUGGAGCAACAGCAACAACGCACCACCUCCAUAAAACUCAGGAGCCAAACUUCCGGAUUUCACCAGUUCGGGUGUACCCCUUAUACCCUGCCCUCAGGGAAUGUUGUUUCAUUGCUUGACACAUCAUUCCAAUCCUCCAAUAUCCAUAUAGAUCCUCAGUACUUCCUUCCCGGGAACAACAACCAAUUGUGGUCAGCGGCUUUGCCCUAUUGGGUUCCAACCGAAGGACCAUUGAGGAUGUGUUUGGGGGCGGUAGGCGUCGGUGGCAGCGGUGGUGGUGAUGGCGGUGUGUCUGCGUCACCUGCAGCAGUCUCCAGUAGUGGCGGAUCCUCCUCUGGCUCUGGUGGCCAUUCCCUACAGCCGACUGCUGCCAUUUCCUCAGAGAUCGACCGAAUCAUGGCCAAAAUUGACCAAGACAACAGAAUCUUAGCGGAGCUCGACAAAACUCGAUCUACAAUAGCAGGUCUUCCAAGCAGUGUGGUGCCAGAUCCUCUGAGCAGGCAUACAAUAACAGGCACCCUGCCUACAGAGCCUAACUAUGUUGUGCCUACCAUGGGUCUACCGAUCCUGCCCUCACUGCCACACCAACUUCCUCUUUUACCUCAUCAAACAGGGGUGGUACAGCCCAUGCAGCCUUUUCAGUUCCUGGCCCAAACGACCCAGCAGCUGCUCCCUACCCAGCCCCUGCUGGUCCCCCAUCAUACGGGACGGCUCAUGCCUCAAAUCCCUACCAUUGUCACCUCACAAUAUGAGCUGGAGAGUAGAAACAAUUAUUUAAAUGGAAACAUACCAUCAGGAGUGUUCAACACAUUAACGGACCAACAACAGAGUCAGGACAAGGUGGAUAUGUUAGACAUCCCAGGCAAGGGUCGGUGCUAUGUAUAUAUUGCUAGAUAUUCUUAUGACCCAUUUCAACAGUCCCCAAAUGAGUGCCCUGAAGCAGAACUAGCUGUUAAUGCUGGGGACUACCUUCUCGUCUGGGGAAACAUGGAUGAGGACGGGUUUUAUGACGGGGAACUGCUGGACGGGCGGCGCGGGCUUGUGCCUUCCAACUUCAUACAGAAGCUUGUUGGAGAUGAUCUGCUUGAGUUUCACCAGUCAGUGAUUCAGGGUUUGCGAGAUUGUGAUGACAGUGCCUCUACAAAUAUUCCUCAGGACCUUGAUUAUCAUCAACUCAACUCAGGAAGUGCCAAGAGGAAAAACAAGCGAAUCCUUCCAGGCAAUCAAGAGUACAGCAAACGGAUAGUCACAGAUAUUGAGCUGGUGGAUGCAUUGGAUGAUGAGGAAGAGGAGGCUCAUACUGGUGAAGGACCAGUCCCUGCACCCAAGCAACUGACUCUGGAGCGCCAACUGAACAAGAGUGUGCUGAUUGGCUGGAACCCACCAGAGAUGGCAACGUCACCGCCAAUAGACUGCUACCACGUCUAUGUCGAUGGUGUACUGAAGGUGACAGUAAAAGCGACUGAACGUACCAGAGCCCUGGUGGAAGGUGUCGACUCCAAUCGGCCCCACAGGAUAAGUGUAAGAUCAGUGACAGCAAACAGGAGAACAUCAAGAGAUGCUGCCUGCACCAUGGUCAUCGGAAAGGAUGUUCCUCUAGGACCCUCACAGGUCAAAGCGAGUAGAGUGACUGCUACAUCAGCUGUUAUCUCAUGGCUGCCUAGCAACAGCAACUACCAACACACAGUUUGUGUCAACAAUGUUGAAUUGCGCACAGUCAAACCUGGAGUAUAUAGACAUACUAUUACAGGCCUUGCUGCAAACACUAUAUAUAGAGUAACAGUGAGGGCAAAAAACAUUAGAGCACCUCAUUUUGAUGAAAAGGCAAAUAUAUCGAUUGAGAGGUACUCCUGCCAUAUAGACUUCCGCACACUUCCUAAAGGCUGCAAAGGGUUACCUGAACCACCAGUUGAUAUCCAGGUUGAGCCAGGGCCACAGGACGGUACGCUACUGGUCACAUGGCAGCCUGCCACGCCCACCUCCACUGCCACCAACUCCCUUAUCACCGGUUAUGCUGUCUACGCUGAUGGCAAGAAGGUCACUGAUGUUGACAGCCCAACAGGAGACCACGCUCUCAUUGAUAUCAACAAACUGUUGAGUCUCAAUCCAAAACAAGUAACAGUUCGCACAAAGUCUAGGGAUAAUCAGUCUUCUGACAGUGUGCCUACCCCCAUCCCAGCCAGUGUGUUAAAAGGGAAACAGCAUUCCAAUAAGGAGGAGGAACGUCGGAGGUAUGGCUCAUCUGUGCCAGCUCACAUGCGUCAUCAUCAGCACCACCGCACUGGCACAGGUGGCCAGGUUAUCAUAGAGACAGAAGAGAAUCUCAGUGACAAGGAGAUCUACCCCUCCAACCACAUGAGUAUUCCUGCUAUAGCAGAAAUUACUAAGGACACGGGGAGUGAAGGGAAUUUCAGUGAAGAGGAUUACAUGGACAGCAGACGUGGAGGAGGAGGAAGAACACACCAUCAGCAUCACUAUGACUCUCACCGAGGACAGAGGCCUUACGGAUCAAGGCCAUCAGGUCCUCAGCAUCAUGGCGCAGCACGUUCUCCCCAGCGCCGGGAUGACAGAGAUCCAUACUACACAGACAGAAGACACCAAGAACGAGGAGGUUACCGAGGUAGUGGUGGUGGCGCUAGGGGCGGACCCUCAACGCAACAACCCCGUGACAAGCGAGUGCGUUGGUUCAUGGCUCUGUUUGAUUAUGAUCCUACAACCAUGUCUCCCAAUCCUGAUGCCUGUGAUGAGGAGUUGCCUUUUUCAGAAGGUGACUCAAUAAAGGUGUAUGGAGAGAAAGACACAGAUGGCUUUUACUGGGGAGAGUGUCGAGGCAGGAGAGGAUAUGUUCCACACAAUAUGGUUGUUGAAGUUCAGCAAGGUUUUGAGGGAGGUAAUAUGGCACGAGAAGGUGGAAGAUCAAGAGAUCGUUGGGGUGAUAUAUACGCCAAUAUGCCAGUUAAAAAAAUGAUUGCCUUGUAUGAUUAUGACCCACAAGAGCUAUCACCAAAUGUUGAUGCAGAGCAGGUGGAGUUGUCAUUUCAAACGGGGAACAUAAUAUUCGUGUACGGUGACAUGGAUGAUGAUGGUUUCUACAUGGGAGAGUUAGACGGGGUGAGAGGAUUGGUGCCAUCCAACUUCCUGACAGAGGCUCCUGCGGAUUUCACUAAUGGUGCAGGGCCUCCUCGGGGCAUGGCAGGUCACAGUUCCAGAGGGGGAGCAGGUAGACCGGCCCCUAUGGACCGAGGCCACGGACCCGGGGCGAGGGGUCCACCUCCACCACCUAGAGAGGGUAUGCCCCCAAGAAUGGAUCCUCGAGACCGAAGAAAAGAUGCCUGCCCUGUACCCCCACAAGUAGAUGGCCGGCAGGAUGGUAGAAUGGGUGUGGGAAUGGGGAGUAGUGGACCAGCCACCACCACAACAGCUGAUAGCCGAGCCUCCCAGCCUCCAGUCACCAGCAAGUAUAAAGCCCCACCUAACCCCAUCCUGCCCCCGGCCGGUGCCGACAAAACUCCGGUGCCUCCACCACAGGCCCCCACCACUGAGCCACAGAUGCCUAACCUCAUGCAGAAGCUCACAGAGAUGACUGGAGGGGACAAUUCAGUUGAUCACAUUCUUUCUAAGGGCAAAGAACUGAUUUUUAUGAAAUUCGGAUUGGGAAAAUGAGUCCCACUGCUACAUUGUCUUACUGCCUUUCUAUUAUUUCUCUACAGCUUUCAGAUCUUCCAUAAUAAGCAUUUUUGUGUGGCAAUAAUUCAACUGUAUCCUUCUCGUAACCUAAACAGAGAUGGGAUUGUAAGACCAAAUUAGUACAUAUUAAUAUAAUAAAAUUUGUAAAACAGCUAUAUAGGCUUGAGAUGUAUGGAAUGCGCCAAAGUUACCUUAUAAUGAUAUCUUUAACGCUUGCUUCGCCUCUCAUAAUUUAUUAACCUUUAUAUAAGAUAAAAGUUAAAAUUUAUCAAUUCUGUUAACAAUCCUAUACAUUUUGUCAAAUGUCAAAUAGUUAAUCCAUUCGUACUCAUCUUGUGUAUGUGUUCCACGUACAAUUAACGAAUGAGCAUGUCCCUUAAAUAUAAAAUCAAAUUAAAGAAUAAUACAGUAAAACAAACAUUUAGUAAUGUUAUUUGAGUAGUCGCAGUAAAGGUGAAACAUCAGAUUAAAUAGCAUGCUCUCCUCAGAGAUAGUUCACAACUUUAUUACUUGUGUAUCAAGUUGCAAAGGAAUAAUGAAACUUUCCAUAAUAUCACCUACACAAAAAAUUAGCUCCUGAUUGCAUCCUUUGUGCCAUUAUUAUGAUUACCAUUGUAAUGAUCUUGAUUAGUAACUGUAGUUUUUCACACUAGAUAUUUUACUGUAUAAAAAAAUUGUUUCGAUAAUUAAUUAAUUACAUCGUUAAAAUUUAUAAUGAAUUAUCAAUAAUUGACAAAAUAAUGUUACAGUAUUCAUUUUAGACAGUUUUUAUGUUUUACCAAGUUUAAAUUAUAAAGUAAAGCAAGUUCUAAAGUAAAUAAAAUUAACACUACAUCUUUAUUAUGUGAAAAAUUCCCUGAAAACUAAUUCAUUUGAACACUCUAUUUUCUACAAAUAUUACAAUUUUAUUACUGCUUAGUUUGUUUUAAAAUGAACUCCUUCACUUUAAAAUGUGAAGUUCGAAUUACAAGCACUAUCUCUUUUACUUAAUGUUAACAAGAGCCUGCUUCUAUUUUAUGUACAAGAAGUGUAUUAACUGUUUGACUUUUGAAACAUGUUAUAUUUUUCUGGAAGUGUUUAUGUAUGAGUGACAGAGUGUUCUUAAUCCAACAUCCAAAUGUAUUUUUUUUCUUUUUAUGUCUACAAAUUCUGAAAAAAAUCCCUGCUGAUGAUAUUUAUGGUGCAUUUAUGAAUGUUAAUAGUUUAUGACAAUAAUAAUAUUGUACACAUAUAAAGGACAACGCUAUAACUUCCAUUCCUUCAUUUUAGUAUCCUGAGAAAGGUAUUUAAGCAUCAAAUUAAAUUAUUAACAAAUAUUCUUACGUGUUGAACAUUGUAUAGUCUCGGUUGAGUAGAGAUAAUCGUUUUAUAACAUGUACAUGAUCUGUUAAAUUUUGUUAUGUUUAGAAGGAAUGAUCGAUUACAAGUAAGACUGCUGAUAGUUGGAUGAUUGUAGAUUUAUUUUAGUUUGUAUAUAGUCACUGUUAAUCACUGUAUUACAAUCUUGCCAUGUGUUCUUGAGUGAGAAAUUUAUUUGACACUAGUUUUAAAUUUUGUAACAUUAUUUGACAGCUAUUAACCAAUCAAUAGGCAACAUAAAUUUUUGUUUUCAGUAUUCAAGAUGUAUGAACUCAGAUUACAUAUCUCAGGUUUUACAAUCUUUCCUUACUGAUCAUUCGUAUAUACCAUAAUAUGUAUCAUAUAUUAUCAGAUAUAUAUAAGAUAUUGUAUUAUAAUAAUAUGACAGUGACAUUACUAAAUAAUAUAAUCAAGCUACAAGCGUAUUAUUGACAGCUGGAAACGUCGGUUGUAUUCAUCAAUAAUUAAAAUUUACUAAUUAAUGUUGUCAAUUCUAAAACACUUCAAACGUUUAAGUUUAUUUAUUAUUUUUUUUCUUAUUAAAUAGUGGUACGUAGCAAAAGAAAAGCCAGUAAAUUAAGGCUUUUUUAAUUCUAGAUGAAAGACGCCAUGGAUUUCAACUAAAUAAAACAUAUACAUAUGCCUUAGGUAAUGUUAUAUUGAGAUUUUUAAAACCUGUUGCCAAAAAUAAAUUCAUAAACAAAAACACAAGCCUUUCUUUUACAUUUUUAUAUCUAUAAAAGCUUAGGUUUUUUGGUUGAAAAAUUCAGUGCCUGUCAGACUACCAAGAGACUACAAUAUUUUCAACUCAUUCCAAAUUUGUACAAAACAAAACAUUAGGACUGAAUGUUAUUAUCAUCUCAAAGAAAUUUUCAACUAUACUUAAUGUUAAUGAGUACCAAUAGGAAUGUGGAGGGGAUGCUACCAUUAAACAAUUUGACGACUGUGCUGUGGUCCUUUUGUGCUGAAAUUUGUAUAAUUACACAAAUUAUGUGUUGAUGCUUAAUAUAUAAGAAAUAUUGUCCUUCACAAUGUUGGAUCAUUAUUUCUUUAUCAGAAGUAGGAUAAGAUGCAAAUAGACUUUAUAGAAAAGAUUGUAGGAUUGCUGGUAGGAUUGCGGUACUGUCUUGUAAAGUCUUUUGAUAGGAGCUUUGGACAAUCUAGAAAUAUAAGAAAAGUUUUAGUAAACAUAAAUUGAUCAUCAUUAUUACAUUCUCUCUAUUUUUCCCAAUUGUGAGACUAAAUUGGAAACUAGUCACUAUUGAAAUUGGGGGCACUUAUUGUUUCCCCUUAUAGUUAAAUGAGUGUUUAUUUUUUUAACUUACACUUUAUGUACUAAUUUUUAUCAUAAUGAACUUUUUCAAUGAUUAUUAACAUGUUAUAUUUGCAUCUCAAUAAUUUAUUUUCAUUGUUAAAACUUUGGUGGAUUGAUAGAAAGUAUAUCAUUUGUAUGUAUAAAAACGGAAGUCGAGACUGAAAAAGUCCCUUUUAUUAUAAUUUACCAAGUUUUAUACUAUAUUCUACAUUCAAUAUAUGCUUCUCUACACCGUCCUAAGCAAAUUUUUUAAUUGCAUCGAUAUUAAAUUUAACAAUAUUUAAUUAAUUGAGAAAGUAAAUAUACUCCUGUCAUUUAUUUACUUACAACAAAAAAAUCAUAUACAUUUUGAACUAGCUUGGUACACGGAGGAUCUUAUUGAAAAAUAUUACUUUUGCUUUUUUAUGGUCCAUGGAGGAGUAAUUUUAAGAAUUUGUCUAGUUUUAAAAGUUUAAUUGACAUUGAAAAGCCUGUUCUUAUUUGUAUGAAGGACAUUUGUAUGAUGUGAUUGUGGGUGCCCUGUCUAUUACUGUUACUGUUUUCCUACAUAAAAGUACACAUUUUUUUGUUGUAUUAAAAAAAUUCUGUUAGUUUAUAAACUUAUUAUUCUUUUUAUUCAAUCAACAUAACAGUUAAAGUUUUCUCUUAAGAGCAAGUAAAACUGCCUCUUGGUAGAUUAUUAGCUGUCAGAUUCUUUUGAGGUUUAAAAUAUUUCUUGUUCUUCGAAUGGAUAUUUCAUCAAUCAAGAGUUUAAAUUUGUUUCAAGGAUCUAAACUUAAAUCCGUCAACAAUAAAUAUCUGUAUUCCCUUUUCUGUAUAUUUUAUUUAUUUAUCUUCUAGAAAUUAACUAUUUCUUGCAUAUCAAGUCAAACAGAAUAUGUGAUUACAAUACUGAAUGUAAAGUUUGAUUAAGGGUGUUGGUUGAUUCAUAUCAAAGAAUUUAGAGUGAAAGUGCAGUAUAGUACCGUACGAGUAAUGGUGUGAGAUGUGAUGCCUUGAAAGAGACACCUAUCAUAUCAGUAAUCUGUAUAUAUUGGCUUGUUUCAGUUCAUUGCCAAUCUAGGAAUGAUGCAUAGGCAGUUAAGCUUAAGAAUUUGAUAAUGUAGUAUAUUAUAAUUAGCUAUGCAAAUUAGGCACAAACAUUUUUAAAGUCAGCAGAUGUAUAUCGACUAGCAAAUUUUAUUCUAAGAGCAUUCUUACCUGUGUUAAUUUUAUAACUUGUGUACAUUGAACAAACAAAAUUAAUAUUUUUCUCUUUAAAUGCACACUCUUCCCAGCACAAAAUACUCAUAAACCAGUACCAAACCUACACAGUUUGUUGUUACAAGAAAUACCUUUUAUGUAUUUAAUCUGUUUGGUCCAUAAUCAACUUGUCAUAGCGAACUAAAUAAUGUUUUAUACUUUAGUAAUCAGUAAUGUAUGUAGAUAUUUCUAGUUUCUACUUCAUACGGUACUGGUUAGCAGAACAGUCGUGAAUUCGUCCAAAUUUAUCUAACCACGAGAAAGUACUCAAAUAAUUCACCAAAGACCAUGUUUUUCCAAACUUACAAAUCAACUAUAACAUAAUGUUAUUGACUCUUUUUUAAUCUAACCAUUUCCUAUAUGUUAAGUAUUGAAUAGUUAAUGGCUAGACACAUCUUUUGUUCUAAGACAAUCAUUUUCUCAAAUAAAGAUUCACCCAAGUAUGCUGUUAUACCGUCAUUUAUAGUUUAUGUAUAAUUUUGCUAUAAUGAAUACCAUUUUUGUACAUAACAAAAUUCUUAAUGUAAAUACUAUGAUGUGUUUAUGUAUAUGUUGUUAUAUAUUAAUACAGAAAACUACCUUCCAAAUAUUUCUUUAAAUUUAUACACAUACAAAGGUAUUAGGCACAGUAGAAACAAAUAGAAUUUGGUUUUUAUUAAGUUUUAAUUGAAUAAUAUGAUUAUUAUUAGUAUUAUAAUUUAAAUAGUCCAGUAUACCUUUGCGCAUUUAGUACAUUAUAUUUUUAAAUUAGAUGUUUGAAGUAAGUUAAACUGAAAUUCUUAGUCUUAGACAUGUAAAUCACCUAUAUAAGGAAUUUGAAUGCAUUCUAUAUUAAUUCAGUAACAUUUCUAAAAGUUACUAU